GACCCUGGCGAGUCCUUCUCGGCCCGUGGGGAGGAGUCGAGCUUGCUGAAGUCAGUAGCGGACACCAGACAUGGGGUGGGGGGACGAGAAGAGGUCGCGGGACGGCGGGGAUCCCAAGCAGGAAGACGAUGAGGAAAAAGAAUUGGUGGACCCCCUGGACACUGUGAGAGAGUACUGUGAACAGAUGGAGAAGUGCAUGAAGGCCCGGGAGAAGCUGGAGCUGUGUGCUGAACGUGUAAAUUCCCGGCCCCACACUGAGGAAGACUGCACUGAAGAGCUUUUUGACUUCCUGCAUGCCCGAGACCAUUGUGUGGCUCACUCACUCUUUGAAAAUGUGAAAUGAAUAUCUGCAUGCACCUGCCAUCUGCUCCAGGCUUUGCCCCUUUGUGGGGCAUCUCAUUGUCAUAAUUUCCCAUUCCCCUGGAUCUCAAAUGCUAUUGUACCAUGUGUCCUGCUAUUACCACAAGAGGCUUGUGGUCUUAGGCCUGGGCCAGGGACUGGUGUGACUCAGAGCAGCUGCAAUGGAAUAAAACGCAGUCAUCUGUG